AGCAGUUGCUUCAAGUUUAACGGCUCUCUCGUUACGUCAAGAAAAAGACAGGCGGUCUAUGGAUAUCAAAACGUUGCUUUACAAUCUUCGUGAAGAGGUGUCUUGUCCAGUGUGUGGUACCAUUUACACGGACCCAAAACAACUCCCAUGUCUUCACAGUUUCUGUCUGCAAUGCUUGAAAAACUGGCACAGAACAAGUCAUGGCCGAGAUACAAUCAGAUGUCCGAAAUGCCAAGUUGUUAGCAGAAUACCCGAUAGUGGCGAUUUAAAAGAUCUUCCCACCAGUUUUUAUCUAAACGGCUUGAUUGAUGUGUUGGCCAUUAAAGAAUGCAAAACCAGUCAAGUUGGAUGUGGAAACUGUCACAAGAAAAGCUCCGAGAGUUCUUAUUGUUUCCAUUGUUGCAUGUUUUGGUGUAAAGAGUGCCUCGUUGCACAUAACAUCAUUGAAGCCAAUAGAGAUCACCGUGUCUUGGCGCUGAAAGACUUUCAAGAAAAGGACUAUGGGGAUGUAUUAAAACGACCCUUGUACUGCUCGAAACAACGGCACGAGAAAGAAGAACUUAAAUACUUUUGCAAGAACUGCGAAACGGCAGCUUGCCAAAGCUGUGUUUUGAUAGAUCAUGCGGGUCACGCCAUUGCGCACCUAGAGGAAGAAGCGGAAAAACAAAAGUUGGAAAUGAAAACCAUGAUUGAAACACAGAGACGCGAUUUACAAGAAAAGAUUAACACUAUGAAUCAACUCAGUGAAGAAUGCGCUACAUUGAUACAACAAAGCGAAGACGUAAAGAGAGAAGUACAGACGUUUGCAGACAAUUUGAUUGCAGCCAUUGAAGCGAAGAAACAAAAUAUCUUGACAGCAGUGGACGAUGAAACGAAAAGAUUCCUCGAAACUCUAACAACCCAAACCACGGAGUUAGAGAGCGAAAUAAAGAUCAUCGAGUCAUUGCUGGAAAAAGCUGAUACAAUUCUAAAACGAUGUACACACGCUGAAGCCGUUCAAGGGAAGAAAUCAAUGGAAAAAAUUUUUCAGGGAGCUGAUCAAAAUCAGCUAAAGGACUGUUUCCUAAAGAGUUUCCGUACCUUUGUUUUUAGAGAAAACCUAAAGAUAUUUGACACAAUAAAUGCCGAAGAAAUUGGAACUUUACAAACGGUAAGCCGAACAAAAGCAAUUCAAUCAAUUGUUAACGGCAAAGGAGUUGAGGAAGCAAUGGCUACCCGUGAAUCGCAGUUUACUUUGACUACAAGGAACGCUAAAGGAAGACAGUGUUACGAUGAACGCGACAAUGUAACAGUGGAAAUUAGAGAUGAAAGAGAACGAGACUACGCCACGGACUUGCGAAUAAUUAACAAGAAGGAUGGACGCUAUCAAAUCAGCUAUUCUCCCAGAAAUGUAGGAGGGUGUAAAGUGACAGUAAAGGUAAACGGGGAACAUGUUCGGGGCAGUCAAUUUAUUGUCCCCAUAAAACCAUUUCAGUUUAGACCUGCCUUAUCUUUUGGACGAAGGGGUUCGUCUCUUGAAAAGUUUCGUUGGCCUUGGGGGAUUGCAGUGAAUGCUGGGGAUGAGAUUGCUGUAACUGAUCAAGAAAAACAUGUAGUUCAAUUUUUCAAUAGUGAAGGAAAGUUUUUAAGAUCAUUUGGUAAAAUGGGCGCCAAAGCGGAGGAAUUGAACCAUCCUCGGGGAAUAGCACUUCAUAAUAAUGGCAAUAUUUUCGUGGCAGACAGUUAUAAUCAUAGAAUCCAAACUUUCAGUGGGGAGGGUAAGUACGUGGGAAGCUUUGGUACUGAAGGAAAACCUAAUACUCGGCUUAAUAAUCCCUUGGGUUUAUCUGUUGACAGUGAUGGGAACAUCAUUGUUGCUGAUGCAGGUGCCAAACUGGUUAAGAUUUUUUCUCCUGAUGGUACGUUUCUAAUGAAGAUAGGUGAACAGGGCUCCUUUACAUUUCCUAUCCAUUGUAUUCAGUAUGGCAGAUAUCUCAUAGUGUCAGACAAGGGCGACCAAUGUAUCAAAGUUUUUGACAGGAAUGGAAACUUUCAGUACAAGUUUGGAAAGCAGGGUGAAGGGGACGGAGAGUUUAAUAGUCCAAGAAGUUUGUCAGUGAACAAGUCAGGACAACUUAUGGUUUGUGACGAAUGUAAUCAUAGAAUACAAGUCUUUGAACUGAAUGGAAAGUUUGUUGGUAAAUUUGGAACACAAGGUGGUCAUUUGGGAGAAUUCAAUGAUCCACAUGCACUAGCUAUUCUCAGUACAGGACAAUGUGCUGUAAUUGAUAAAGGUAACCAUCGUAUUCAGAUAUUUGAGUAGUCUAAGUUUGGUAUAUCAUUUGACUUAUUUUGGCCAGGGUUAAAUUUAAUUGGUUAAUGUAAGUUUCACAUAAAUUAAUCAAACAGAAAUAAAGGGUAAAUAAUAGGAAAUGGUAGAGACAUUCUUUACUGUGAAAUGGCAAGACUGAAAAAUAAUCAAAUCCAGUAUCUAUGUAUUAAGUAUUUGAACUAUUCCGAUAUAAACGUAUUACUACUAAGAAUGUAGACUAUGGUACUACGAUUUUUGUAAGCAGUAUGUAAUUAAGGUGAAGAGCUUUUUCGAAUAAGAGCUUUAAGUGCUGGCUGAAUCAAACCAAUGUAUGUUUCAGUCAAACACAGAAAAUACAUUGAAAAUGAAAGACCAGUGGCUGUAUUAACAUAGGAAGGUCAUUGGUUUUUUUGUAUAUGAUUAGUUCAAAGAUCAUGUAGGUGGCUUUCCAUUUUUUCAGCCAAAUACAAAACCUUGUCAACAAACAUCUGUAACCAUCAGCUGAAAAUAGCUUUUAUCUUAAGUAAUGAUUAACCUGGCAUUUCAAAAUAAAAAUUCUUAUCAUUACUUUGUACUAUGAGAAGUAUAUGAUUAGUUCAGAGAAAAUUUGGGUGGCUUAUGAAUUUUCGGCCAAAAACAGAACCUUGUCAACAAACAUUAUCUGUAACCAUCAGCUGAAAAAUAGCUUUUAUCUUCAUCAAUGAUUAGCCUGCCAUUGUUAUUAAUAUUUUGUACUUUGAAAUGUAGAUACAAUGCUUAGAAUUGAAAAUAUAUGUAAGAGUUUACACACUCACACAAUGCUUACAGUCAUAUAUGUAACUGGAAUGAGGGGCUUUGUAAUUGGAGUCCUGGGCAUAACAUUAUGUUUCCAGAACUGUGUAUUCAUUUCAAUUCAUAUAGUUUUGUUGUAAAUAAGAAGUUCUGCACAAGCAAAUUACAUAGUUGCACUCAGAUAUA